AUGGCGGCCGCUGGAGGAGCUGCGAGUAUUAUUACUCAGGUUCAGCAGGGUGGUGCACCACCUCUGAAUACUCUUGGAGAUGUCGGUGCAGAUGAGCAUAUUACUAUGGACCUCCGGGGCACACGCUUCACUCUUUCACGCGAUGAACUCCUCACACUUCCCGAAUUCGUUCUCCUUUCCCUCUUCCCAAACGGGCUCCUACCCGAUGGACACCUAAAUGCAUACCACGAAGGCGAUGCCUUCCAAGUUGAUUACGACCCCGUCUCCUUACAAUACAUGCUCGAGUUCUUCCGCAAUGUUGCGCAGACGAUCCCAUCAGGAGGAAACUCCCCUUCUGCGGGCCCUGAAAUGGAUGCAGUGCCAAUUGAGCCGAUGCCGGGAUCAGCUAGAGAGAUGUUACAAGAUCGAGCAGGGAUAAUUGUUCUGCGAGAGGACUUGGACUUCUAUGUUAUACCCCCAUACGCGGAUAUCGAGCAACCGGAGAUGAUCGAGGUGAAGAGGGCAGCUGGAAGGGCACUGCUGAAGCAAGAUGGGAUUUUCUCUGGUCUGAGAAGGAGUGAGGAAUCAGGGACGACGGAGCAACACCUGAUUGAGAUGUUGACUGCGGGAGGAUUCAACCAUGAUGAUCGUUGGGGCCACCGAGCGAACGAGCCAAACAAGGCCGUCAUCUGCAGUCUCGCGCUCGCCAGGUUAAGAACCGAUAUCCGCGGGGGUGAGAUGGGGAACAACGCCGUGGGGAUGGCUCAGAAGCUGCUCCUCUUCUGGCGGAAACCCGCGCGCCGAUGCUGGUGGGAGGGCGUAGAACUCGAGGGUGUGGACGGUGUGCAGGGGAAGCUCAAGCUCUGGAUCCGGCGGGUAUGGACACUGGAGAUGAGCGUCAUCGGGCUGCGUUAA